CAUCUUCCACCGAAACCGAAGGUUGCGUUUUCUACAACACAACUGUACCCGGCGUUAUGCUUAAUUCCCAACAAACCCCUCGACAGCGGUGAUAUUCGUGCUCGAAACUUCUAUCGAGAGGAGGAAUACUCCCUUAAGAUGAGUUUCCUCAACUCUGUCCUCUCCUCUAUCGGUGGCGGGACACCACACAUCCCGACACCACCGCGCCCUGCUCCAGCAGCCACGGCUCCUAGAUCCACUCAACUACCAUCAAGGAAUGCGAGGAAUGCCGCAAUAUCUGUGACAUCCAACGAGACAAGGCCACAAGCGAAUUCAGGGCAAAAACGAAAGGCAGAGGAAGAGAUUCAACGCAAUACGAGCAAGGCACCAAAGAAUGACUCUGCGCGCCCGGCUCCGCCACCGAACCGGUUUCAAUCUUCAAAGCCGAUUGCACGACCUAAUGGUACACUAUCGAACACGCCCACAUCGACAGCCGCUGCAAGAACCUCAUCAGCGACCGCAACAAAAACCGCUCAACCUCCUCCAGCAGCUGCCGCAUCAUCCGCGGCAAAAGCGCCCCCGAAGAAGGGGUCCUAUGCAGAAAUUUUAGCCCGUGCCCAAGCAGCACAGAGCUCAUCCAAACAGGUCGGAGUCAUCAAGCACAAGCCUGUGGAGAAACUUACUCGGAAGGAGCGACUAGCUCAGCAGGCAGAGGCAGCGGCUAAAGCGAAGCAAGGAGCCUCUGGUAAAGCCCGUCCUGACGCCAAGGAUAGGGCAGGAAAAGGCGCAGCUGUGACCAGUGGGAAGGGAUCCGACUCAGAGAUUACCAAGAAGAAGCAGCCUGUUGAUGUCGGUUACAAGGGAACGAUGCGGCCCAAAUCCGAGGAACCCGUUUACAAGGGCACCAUGAACCGAGCACGAGAAGCGCCUGCUCCAAAGGCCAAUACCCCACGACCUUCUUCGAGACAUGCCACUUCAGAACUCGCAAAAGCUGGAAUGCCCCUUCGUCCUCCUUCCCGUUACACUUACGCAACGUACUCGGAUGAGGAGGAAUCAGAAGGGUCGUCUGAUAUGGAAGCUGCUGCGUAUGAACUCGAAGAAGAAGAGCAACUAAGUUUACGCACGGCCCGCAGGGAGGAUGAAGAGGCACUGAACGAAGAGAAUGAGCUCAAGCGUGUCAAGGAGGAAAAGAAAAGGCGGCUGGCCCAAAUGGCUGCCAAACGGAGAUAAGGCCCUGCAAUUGCCUCGAUUCUACCCUCUUUCAACACUAGCCGUUUGACGCCCUUUCAUUUGACCACCUUCCAAGUUCAAUUGAAUAAUUCAAGACUAAAUCACACUUACGUCCUAAUAUCUAACACCACACUCGUCCUCUCGAAACACUGCAUGGCGGAAGACGAAGCAUUUUCGGCGCUAUCCCCUUUUAUUCUCUUCUGUUUCUGUUUGCUUUU